GCCGAUGGCCCCCCUGGCAGCACGAUGGACGCAGAGCUCCUCUCGAAGAUGAGCGAGGAGAAUGAGCGGUUGAAGCGCGAAGUCAGUGCUUUGAAGGAGCUACACGAGAGGGAGAAAAAGAAUCUCCAAGCGCAGGUUCAGAAUGAGAGGUCUGUAGCGGAGCUCGAGGCGCAAAGUGUCAGAGCGAAGGUUCAAGAUCUGGAAAAGAUGAAGAUGCAGAUGGUGCAACUGACGCGGAAGCUAGACGAUGAGGUCAGUGCCAAGGACCAGGUCAUUGGAGAGACUCAUCGACUGGAACGAAAGCUUCAAGAGCUCUCUUUAGGUGCAACCACUGCCGCCACUUCGAGCACUUUGGAUGCUUCUCAGGAAGUGAACCUGAGAGAGAGAACCAGUCAGGUUUCCAUGAAGUUGAUGAGGGUGGUUGACCAGUGGAUGAAAUACAAGGACAUUCAGCAGGUCCUACUACGUAACGCCGCCAUCAAUGAUGUGGCCUUCGGCACGUUAGCCCAAGCCCUUGUGGACUGCCCCUCCAUGCAGACCCUAGACCUCUCGCAGAACUUGCUGACGAUGGACUCCUGCUCUGACCUGUGCCAGCUGAUUACGACUGCGCCCAGCCUCUCCUUCAUGUCCUUGGCCGAAAACCUGUUCUCCCUGCGCUGUGUGGGCUACUUCAUGACGGCAGUCAUGGAGAGGCAAACGACCAAAAGAUUGGUCCCCUUGGAUCUCCUGGAUCUACAAGGCAACGAAGGCCUCCAGAUGGCAUUGGCGGCGGUUCCUCCGCAGGACAUUGUCACAAGGCUACGAGAGGUGGCCAAAGCGCCCAGUGCCUUGAACCUCUUGAGCACCACUGCAGCGGUGGAGCUGGCCGCGCACGUGUCACGCGCACUGUGGCGAUUUCUGCAGGACACGCAGCAUCCACAGCUGCGAGGCAGUGGAGAUGAGGUCGACUUCGACUCCUUUGACAAGGCUACUCUGCACAAAAUGGACAAUUCCCUUCUGAAGAUCCUUCUUCUGCCCGCUGACGAGAAUCGAGAGAACUCUCGACCAUUGACCGCCAAUGCCGUGCUUUUGCCGGCCCUGGCGCGCCAGGUGACACAGGCCACGCAGGAGCAAGGCCGUCGGAUGAGUGGUGCCAAAGAAGAGCACCCAGAGAGCGAGGCGAAGGUGCCCUCAAAAUCCAAGGCGAGCAAAGUCUCGCGCUCAGGCUCCCAGGGCAAGCGGGAGGCACAGCCUGAACAGGUGCAGGUCUCGGACCCCUUUGCGGACUUGAAGAGCGCCUUCGAACCCGCGAAGGAAAAGGCCAAGACCUUCAACCUGAAGCAGAUUGUAACGAGGACAGGAACUGUCUUGAUGAAUAUGCUGGAGCGCUUGCUGGAAACCACCGACAUCGAUGCGGUGGAUGUUGAGUCCGACAUGACUCUGCUGGAGUUUGCCUGCACCUCAGGGAACCUAGGCCUGGCGAAGCUCUGCUACCGCCGCGGAGCCAAGCUGAUGGCCAUCUCCAAGCGCGGCGAGACGGCUUUCAACAUCGUCACCAGGAACAAAAGAUAUGACAUCAUGGAGUUUUUGCACAUCUAUGGUGUGAAGAUCAACUCUGCAGAUGCUGAGGGGAGGACUGCGCUGCACGUGGCCGCACAAAACAACGAUGUGGACGGGAUUUGCCGCUUGUUGGAGUGGGGCGCUGAUGUGAACAUUGGUGAUCACAAGAAGCGGACUCCCAUCCACUUGGCGGCAAUGGGUGGGCACACGCAGGCUACGAUGCUGUUGCUUGAAGUGGGGGCAGACAUGAACGCCAAGGAUGUUCGUGAAUACACCGCCAUGGCACAUGCGGAAGCCAACAAUCACUUCAAGCUGAUGGAUCGCUUGGUCGCACUGGGCGCCAAGGGCCACGGAUUGCACCAUAGCAGUGACCUGGCAAAGUCCAAGUCGACCACCAGCAUGGGUGGCAACACCACCGUGGCCGUGUCUGCGGGGAUGCUGAAGAGCACCUCGCUCGGUCGGAUCGGCAAGGUGGUGGUCAAUGGAAUGCCGGGCCCCAUCGUCCCCACCAUGGUGAAAGUGGACAACCCGAAGGGCCGCUGA